AUGGCCUACUGUGAGGCCAAAGAGAAUCAGUGGGCAAGAGCAGCUAGCAGUCCAGAAUCAUCAGGUGGUGAAGGAGGGGAGACGAAAAUGAUACUGCAGAAGACAGCUGCAGUUCCUGCAUCAUCAAAAAACCCCGAAGAGCAGAAAGAAUGUUUCCUGAUACAACCAGAGGAAACAAAAGAAGAUGCCGCCAAGACCAGGAAGAGAAAAAAGAAGAAAAUUACUGAUGUCCUUGAAAAAUCAGAGCCCAAACCAGGGACACCUGAAGAUCUGCCGAAGCCAGUGAAUGACUGUUAUAGCAGCAAUCACUCAGUGACUGCAUUAGAAGAACUGAAUCUACCAGAUUCCUGUUUCCCCAAGGCCAAUGACUUGACUCACAGUUUUUCAUCGUACCUAAAAGAAAUUUGUCCUAAGUGGGUAAAACAUCGGAAAAACCAGAGUAAGAAGUCGGUCCUGAUGCUGAUCAAUUGCAGCUCUGCCAUCCUAGCUGUGGAGCUCAUUAGGUGGAUGACAGCAUUCAGAAGAGUCAGCAAAGUCAUAAAAUUGUUUGCAAAGCAUAUAAAGGUCCAGGAGGUGGUAAAGUUGUUGGAGAAGCGUGGUGUAGGAACUCCAUGGAGAAUUAAAGAACUCAUCAAACAAGGUGGCCUCAAUCUGAACUCCCUAAAGUUUCUGUUUUUUGUCUGGAACUGGAGAGAUCAGAAGUUGAGGAGAAUGAUGGACAUUCCCGAGAUAAGAAAGGAGGUUUUCGAGCUUUUAGAAUUCGAACUCAACCUAUACCAGUCAGAAUUCUCAAAGCUGGGCCUUUUCUAA